UACUGGUUCAAGUACUUCGUCUUUUAUUUUUGCUGAAUCACGACAGGCUGACGGGUUGGAUAUUAAUUGCUACUUUCAAAUAUUUACAUAGUCUUUUGAGAUGAUUUUGUCACUGCGAAUAUUUUGAUAACGAGAAGCGAAGGCCGCUACUUACGCCUACGUAAGCACCAGGAGAGAGAUUCAACCUCCAAAAUCAACCAUUUAAAAGAAGUAGAAUGCAGCUGCCUUGGUUCUAGCCGUUUUUCAUCAAGAAGGCCGUUUUUCAUCAAGAAGGCCGUUUUUUCGGAAAAUGCCGUUGGCUUCGAAUGAACGGAGAGUCGGCGACCGAGAUCGUGGAGGAUAUGGUAAGCUUUGAAUUCAAAAUAUUGAAACCAUGCCUAAGUGAUGAAGCACAAUAUACAUGAUGAAGCAGAAUAUACAUAAAGAAUAUCACCGGUUUUACUAUUUCGUUCCCAUCUUGUUCUUCAAAUAGACCGCGAUCGAGGCACUUACCGCUCAAGGAAAGAUUGGAAUGAUAGGAGAGAGCGGAGUAGGAGAAGAGCGGACCGCUCACCGUUAAAGAAGCCACGCGGUCCAACGCGACCUCCGAUUCUGGAGGGACCGACGGUAAAAUAUUUGAAUUGGAAUCGUUUUUGUACUAAGUAACGGUGGGCUGGCAACAAAGAAAUCGCCACGUGAUGGUACGAACUUGAACUUACAAUGUCAAUGCUUGUACUGCUUCUUUCCAACCAUUGGUAGCUCAUAAUAUGAGACACACACCGUCGAUAACGCAGGUCGUAAAGGUGCGAAAUCUGACGCGCAAUGUAAACGAAGCCCACCUAAGAGAGAUGUUCACUUACUUCGGCACUGUGCGGAAUGUUCAGCUAGCAACAGACAAGCGUUGCGGAAUACCCAAAGGCUAUGCCUACGUCGAAUUUGCGACAGUGAGGGAUGUUGGGGAAGCGAUAAAACGUACUAAUUGAGAUAAAUUUUUAAACAAACAAAUUUAUUAAGCCGGAUACUGUACUCCAAACUCUUUUUGUUCUCUCAAACUCAAACAAACUGAUUCAUUCGAUUGUUCUGAGUCUUACUUGUUCCUCCCCAUGUAACAUAUCUCAGAAAUGGAUCGAGGCCAGAUGGAUGGCAAGACAAUUUCAGUGGAGAGCACCGAUAACAGGCACUCCCACAAAACCGAGACAGAGAAGGAAGGAAAGGUACACCUUGAUUUCGUACGACGAUGGCACCUGCCACUUAGAUAGUUGGUUUUUUUUCACGAGUAUAUAGUUAUAGCUUUAGCUGCCGCGUCUCUACUCGGGUCCUUACGGAACCAGGCAGCUCUGAGUUGCUACGUGGUUCGAAUGAAUGAAUGAAAACGCCCAACUGCUGUUCGUUGUACUACACGAAGUAACGUUGGAGAAGUAGAUCAUUCCCCAUUAAAAUAUUUAAAAUCGGUGGUUCAGGUCUCAAGCAAACAGAAGGCCGAAGCAUCCGGAAAGGCGCGAUCACGGUCUCCCAGACGGCCGAAGACAAGUCGGGUACAACUCGUUUGGUCAUUGUUUUUGGUCGUUGUUGUAUAGGUCCGUAUGAAGAUACUCGUCUCAUACAACUUUUGUGUCGGGGAAAAACUAAUUUUUUUUCUUUCGAUCAUUCAUCUCACGUAUUUAAGAACAAGUUGUAGAGGUCUACAACUUCUUCAGCUUAGCCUUAAUCUGAGUGUCUUACUUAGGUCGUUUCCCCAGCGCGCAGUGCUACCCGCGCUCGUCGAGACGCAAAAGGGGAGUCAUCUCCUGUUCGCGCUGGAUCUAGUCGCGUUGGAGCUGCAGGUUCUAGCAAAGAUCAACGGGCCACUAGUAAAAGAGAUCCUCAGAAGACUACGAGAACCACGUCCGGUGGAGCUGCAGCUGCAUCGAGUACUAGACACACCAAAGCGGCCGAUAGUUCUGCCGCACGACCUGGCGGCCGCACGGGUGGUCGCAGUCGACCGCGACGUGCAGCUGGCGGUCGGUCAACAAGAGCUCAGCAAAGGGAAGAAGAGGAUAGUAGUAGCGACAGUGAUGACGACAGUGAUAGCUCGGAUUCGAUGCGAGGCUCGUCGUCUGACAGCGAGAGCUCCGACAGCGACACUAGUGGCUCUGAUGACGACUCUUUUUCCGAUGAUGAGGAGGAAAGCAAAGAUACUGGACGUGGUAACAAGGGACCCGGAGCCGCGAGAAGUAAAAGCACCGCUGCGCCUGUUGGAUCAGACGCAAAGCGUGGUGGAGGCACAUCUAGUAACAAGGCCAAUCCUGGAAGAAGUGGCACAACUACCGCCGCUUCUGCAGCACCACGAACAGGCACGUCGCGAGCCCAUGCGAGUACGGCUAGAGCAACAGGAGCUGCACGAGCAGGAGUGUCAUCUACUAGGCGAGACACCAAACAACAAGUCGCAUCCUCAACAAGACACGUCCGUUCGUCAAAAGCAGCAGUAGAAAGCGACGAUGACGACGAUGAUGAUAGUGACGACGACAGCGAUGACUCAGGCUCAGAUGACGACGAUGACAGCGACGACGAUGUAGAAGCAUCCGGCACGAGUGUUAGGAGACCAAAUGAUAGCACAAAUAAACGAAGUAGUAGGAAUCCCGCUGCUACCCAUAAGGCAACGUCUGCUUCCUCUAAGAAUCGUGGUCUUCCCAGUAAACAACCCUCUAGAGAUCGGGGAGGCGAUCAUGCUAGUAAAAAAAGACGUAUGUUGUUGGCGCAAGGUGAUGACUCCCCACGACCAUCGAAAAAGAGAGCUCUUGGUGUGGAUCAAGAAAAAGCUGCUAGUUCAUCGAGGACGAAAAGAUGAAUUCGUUGGUUUCCGUCGAAGAGUCUUUCAUGAACACUCCGUACCUCUUGAAUUCUCCACACACGACACAAUGAUAAAUAAGUCAUACCGAUAUUUGUAACUUUUCUCAAUGUGAAUUCACAUUUAAUCUCCAUCUUUAUAACGACGUGAAAAGAAGAUACUCCCAACAACAUAGAGGUGGCCCUUGAGGACUACAUAAUACCCCGAUCUUUUGCCUCACCCCUGGCCAUCUUAGAACGCGCGUCCCCAUGACGAGAAAGGGAGUACUUUCCCAUACUUCAAUCUGACUCAGGAGUAUUUUCCACGACCUUGUAGUGAUGUUACUUACAGGGACCUCAGUUAUAAGAUUUUUGACGAUAUGCCGAAAGCGAAAGAACCUAAUCUCUCGGAGAAGUUUCAAAAAUCUAAGAU